ACUCGGCCGAGAAAAGAAAAGAUUCAUCCGCUUGGUCUGAAAGAGCAUUGAAAGUGAAGAAGGGAGACAAAAGGGACAUUGAUAUGUCCGCUGCAAAGGAAGAUGAUGUCUGUAAUCAUGUCAAAGUGGUGGUCCGUGUACGCCCGGAGUCUGAAAAGGAGAGAGUUGGCAACUUCAGCAAGGUCGUUCGUGUUCUUGAUCAGCACGUAUUGGUUUUCGAUCCAAAGGAGGACGAAGUUAGCUUUUUUCAAAGGAAGAAACCAGCUUAUAGGGAUAUUAAUAAAAGAAAAAAUAAAGAUCUUAAAUUCAUGUUUGAUGCUGUUUUUGCUGAAAGUUCAUCUCAGCUGGAGGUUUUUGAGAAUACAACAAAAAGUGUCAUUGAUGGCUUCUUAAAUGGAUAUAACUGCACAGUGCUUGCUUAUGGUGCAACGGGGGCUGGAAAGACUCACACAAUGUUAGGUUCCCCCGAAGAUCCUGGAGUGAUGUAUUUAACCAUGAUGGCUCUUUAUAAUUGCAUAGAUCAAAUAAAAGAAGAUAAAAUAUGCAAUGUUGCCGUCUCUUAUUUAGAGGUCUACAAUGAACAGAUUCGUGACCUGUUGGUAAACUCGGGGCCUCUAGCUGUUCGUGAAGAUGCUGAGAAAGGGGUGGUAGUUCAAGGGCUAACAUUACAUCAGCCUAAAUCUGCAGAGGAGAUCCUUCAAAUGUUGGAUUAUGGAAAUAGAAAUAGAACACAGCAUCCUACAGAUGUCAAUGCUUCCUCUUCUCGGUCUCAUGCCAUCUUCCAGAUUUAUCUAAGGCAGCAAGAUAAAACAGCUAGCAUUACUCAAAAUGUCCGCAUCGCCAAAAUGUCUCUCAUUGACCUGGCGGGAUCUGAACGUGCCAGUGCAACCAAUGCCAAGGGGGCUCGUUUUAGGGAAGGAACAAACAUUAACCGCUCCCUGCUAGCUCUGGGAAAUGUCAUCAAUGCUUUGGCAGAUUCCAAGAAUAAGAAACAGCACAUUCCUUAUCGGAACAGCAAACUUACUCGAUUGUUGAAAGGCUCUCUGGGAGGAAACUGCCGAACGAUAAUGAUAGCUGCUGUUAGUCCAUCUUCCAUGUUCUAUGAUGACACAUACAACACCCUGAAGUAUGCAAACAGGGCAAAGGAUAUUAAGUCUUCGCUGAAGAGCAAUACUGUUGAUUUGGACAGUCACAUAAGCCAUUAUGUUAGAAUUUGUGAUGAACAAAAGAAAGAGAUCCUAAUGUUGAAAGAGAAACUGAGAGAAUAUGAAGAAAAGCAAGCAAGUCUUCCUGGAAAUUGUAAUGCUGCAAGACUCUCAAACAACCAGCAAAUGGAAAUAGAAAGAUACAAAGAAAUCCUUAAAAGUGUGUUUGCAAACCGUGAGGAAAUUAGGAAAGAAUACCUCAUCUUGGAGAUGAAACUGAAAGAAAAUGAACUGAAGACACAUUACCAGAAUCAGUGUCAUGAGCAAAUUCAACUGUUAUGCUCUGAAGAAAGAGUAGAAAGGGCCACUUGCAAGAGGGAUCAAAGGCUUGCAAUGCUUAGAACCCACAACAUACACAUGCAGAAGAAGAGAGAAGAGCAUCUCAGACAUUUUGAGGAAAACACCAAUUGGCUGCAUCGUGUUGAGAAUGAAAUGCGGCUUCUGAGUCCAGAUGAGGCAAUUCCAAAGGAACUCUCUGAAGAUCUGCGGUGUUGCCAUUUAAACCUGGAAGUGAAGGAUCUGAAAGCCCAGAUGGAGCACAUUUUCUCUCUCAUGUCCCUUCAAGAUCAACAUUAUAAGCAGACAGAAAAGGUACUAAAUACUUUGCUUCCAGUUCUUCGCCAACAAUAUCUGACUUUGAAAGAAGCUGGGCUGACAAAUAAUUUAACUGAGACUGAAUUUGGGGAGGUUGAGCAGCUGAUUCAAAGACAGAAAUCAGUAGUUUGGGCUGACCAGACUGAAGAACAGGACCAAAAUCAGAACGGUGAACUUAAGUUGUCAGCUCUGCUUGCAUUCCCACAACUCGUGACCAGACAAAACACCCCCUGCCGUACACCUUCAGGUACACCAUCACAAGAAACAAACAAAAGACCCCAGCCAAGAGUAGAAUGUGCAGUACCACAACAGAAGAGAACUAGACGGAAGCUAAUGGACUCUGCAGUCACAGUCCCAAGCCCUGCUGCAUCCAAGCUGUCCAGCCUUCACCAUCUGGAGGAUUCUCUUACCAAGGAGGUCCGCCCUAUUGUGUAUACACCAGAGUCCUGCAGAAAGCCAGUGCAGAGCUACUGCACACAGACUGUGGUGAAGAAGGCUUUACACCUCACAGGUCUUGAGGAAGUUGAUGCAUGUAGUAUGGACAGGGCAGAGAAAAAGCCAAGUAUUACAGACUCUACGUGUGACACAAUCGCACAGCAUGAUGAAGCUGAUGUGCACUCUACAGCAACUCUCCAUGAAAGGACAGAUGAAAUGGCUGAAACAUCUACUGAUCUACCUCUGAAGGAGUCACAGCUAUGCAGCAAUAGCAUUCUGCAGAGACUCAGCCUCUCUACAUUAAACAAAAAUCUUACUUCAGCUCUUGAGAAGCCCUCAUAUAUGGCAAUGACUUCUGCUGCUGAGAGAAAAAGAAAGGUAUCAAGCUCUACAUCAAACACUGGGUUAGGCAACCUACAGGACCUGAUUUCUGCAAAACGUGCUCGACAAGAGGUGGUUCUAAGCCAUAGAGCUUUGCGAGUACCCAAAAUUGAAGGAAAUAAAACAAGGAGCUGGAAGCAAGAACAGGAUGUCCCAGGAAACUUAGUUAGCCUUUCUGAAGGAAACACAGCAUGGGGUGUUAAACCAAGAACAUCAAAACUUCUGCUUCCUGUCUGUAAGAAAAAAAGCAGAAUUUAGUUCUGAGUUCACCCAUAUUUCAAGCAAGAUUGAUGGGUAGCAAAGGAGAACAAGGAGGCUUCCAUUUUCCUCUUGUGAAUUCUUUUGUGUCAAAGAUCUCAGCAAUGCACUGAUUCAGGAAGAACCACUUUUUGGAAAUACAAGAGUUUUGUGAAAUAAACUGUGCUGAUUUUAGUCUCCUGCUAAAGCUUAUGAAUGUCUCUAUUUAUUUUGCUGGUAUGAAAAUGUCUUCUGGAAUUUGGACUUGAGCAGUGCACAGCAUAGCUUCUGCCAUAAUCUUUGAGCACUUGUGAUUAUGACUAGCAGAUGAAUACUUCUGACAAUACAAGUGGUUUUAAGGGGGACCAGUCAUGCUGUAAUUUCUAGGUGCUUACCUGCAGUCAGCCUUAGAAUUUUGUGAUACAAAUGUGAGGGAAUUUGUUUAUUUUCACUGGAACUUCCUAAUGUGAAGAUGGACUUGCUUCCAAAUGAGAGACAAACAGGUGUCAGUACUAAACUGCCUCCUGCUUAGCAUUAGGAUGCCAGUUUUUAUUCUUUAGGUAUGUUAUGGGUAGAUGUUACCAAUAUAAGUACCAGGAGAGAGGAAGAUAUUUACUAAAGUGUUUGUGACAGUGUUUUACCUAAUUUUUUAGCUUCUCUAUUCUUAGCUUGUCUCUUGGUUGUAAAUGUUCCUGGUUUUGUCUUUCUCAAUUGUAAAUAGCAUAAUAACAUUAACUACUUGAAAUAAAGUGUUUGUUUUAAUAAAAGCAAUAUAAUAUGAA